AUUUCCAAAGGAAAUGAAGUGACACAGUAACCGAAAAAGUUCCGGCUUUGUCGUAAAGUGACACCUCAACCUUGAAGAAUGAAGGCGGCGUUGAUCAGCACCGCCAUUCCUUGGCAGCCUCCGCCGCACCAUAAGCCUCUCAAACCCCUUUGUUGCUCCAAGGUUAACGGAGCCUCCUCGUCGCCGUCGCCGUCAUCCUCCUCACGAAUCAAGUUGCAAGUUAGCGAAAAUGCUGAGCUCCCUCAGCCUCGGAUUCAGUCUGGGGAAGCGAAGGAGACUGACGUUUGGCGACUCUUCAGAGAAGCUCAGAAGAAUAUUCUGCAUUUGAACCAGCAUCGGCUUAAGGCCGUCGAGGAUCUGAACAAAACAAACAGUGAGAAGCAGCUGCUGAUUGAUAAGAUUGAGCAGUUGGAGCGGGAAAAGCAGGCUUCUGUUGGAAAGCCUCAAGAUAGGCUCUCAAGUUGUUGGGAAGUACUCCUUCGGAUAGACUCAAUGGUCCUCUCUAGAAUGAUUGCUGCCGGGGAGGCAUCUGAUUUGAGAAGGCUGGUCAUGGAUCACAAAAUGAGUCUAGCUGAAGUUUUUGAUGGCACCUUGCAGAAGACAGAUGCCGAGCUUCUAGCUGAACUGAGACACUUCUUUGCAAGAAGCAGAAGGAAUGGCUUUCACAUUGUGCACAUAUGUACGGAAAUGGCACCACUGGUCUCUGUUGGAUCUUUGGCAUCAUAUGUGACUGGCUUGUCUCGUGCACUACAGAGGAAGGGGCAUUUGGUGGAGGUGAUACUUCCAAAGUAUUCAAGCCUGGACCUAGAUGAAAUUCAAGGGCUACAAGAGAUUGAGGCAGAGUCCUUUUCAUAUUUCAAUGGUCAACUUCAUGGAAACAGAAUUUGGACUGGUGUUGUCUAUGGCAUUGGAGUUACCUUAAUUCAACCUCUAGAGUAUUCAGAGUUUUUCAAUCGUGAAAAGGUGUAUGGCUACUCAGAUGACUUUGAAAGGUUUACCUAUUUCUCUCGUGCUUCAUUAGAUUAUAUUGUAAAGUGUGGAAAGCAACCUGAUGUGAUACAUAUCCACAACUGGGAGACUGCUAUUAUUGGGCCACUUUUCUGGGAUAUUUUUGCUAACCAGGGACUUGAAGGUACGAGAAUCUUAUUGACAUGCCAUGACCUGAAUUCACAGUGCCUUGAGCAUCCAGAUAAACUAGCGUUAUGCGGACUUGAUCCUUCUUCACUUCACCGUCCUGAUCGCUUGCAAGAUAAUACUAAGUCACAUUUGGUUAAUAUUUUGAAGGGUGGAGUUGUUUACUCCAAUAAUGUUGUCAUAAUGUCCUCCAUACUAUCAAAAGGCAGGGUUAUACAUACUCUGAGUCAUGGGUUGGACCCUACCUUAAACAUUCACAAGAACAAGUUGGUUGUUUCUCCUUGUGGAUUUGACAAUUCCACCUGGGAUCCAUCCAAGGACAGCUUUCUUCCCCAAAAUUUCAAUGUCGAAGAUAUGGAAGGGAAAGCAGUUUGCAAAGCUGCAUUGCAGCAGCACCUUGGGUUAUCAGAGCAUGCUUCUACCAUUCUUAUUGGAUGCAUUGUGUCUGAAGAUGUUGAUCUGGAGAACAUGAGGGCAGUAAUCAUGAAAGCUAGCAAGAGCGAUGUACAGUUCAUCAUCAUGGGUACUAGCAAAUUAUCAAGUAUACACAAGCUUGGAUCAUUGCAGGAACCACUGAAGGAUGAACAAGUGAAAUUCGUAAAUGAGUGUGAUGCAGCAAUAACACAUUUGGUUUUUGCCGGAUCUGAUAUUAUCUUGUGCCAAUCUUUUCAUGACCCUGUUCUCCAAGUUCCAUUAAAGGCUUUAAAGUACGGAGCUGCUCCAAUUGCAUUAAACUCCUCCCAUGACAACUUCAGGAACUUUGCAGAACAUGACUAUGAGACUACUAAUUUCUCACGUUUCAUCAGCUCUACCUUUGGAAAUAUGUCCAUAAGCGAAGUGCUGGAUGGGAUGAAAAACCACCCCUCGAAGUGGAAGAGAAAAAUACUGGACGCCAUGGAAAUGGACUUCUCAUGGGAUGCUGAGUGCUGUGACGUCCACUGUUCUGCUUACACUGCUAUAAAGAAAUCAUGAAGCUUCUGUAACCCUACAUCAACCCCUCACAUUCGACGACCAAUUUUGGGAGAGCAAAGUUGUAUACAGUAAUUGUAUGUAAGAAUUUCUUGUAGAUAUGUGUAUGUUUUGUGCUUUCAUAGUGCACUAUGUAGGUUGUAAAUAGCUAGCUCGGGUCUAGAGAUGACUACUUAUUAGGUUUCUAAAUAAAAUAGGGAUCUGCAGGUGAAGAAAAGAAGUUUGUAUUCUCUAUCUAGUAACUUAUAAGAACUACUACAUGGCCUAACCAUACCCAGGAUCCAAUGUUUUUUUGUAUAUGUACUUAAAGUUGAUUCUAGAAAUAAGUUGAGAAAGACCUUUCUUGA